AUGUCUGAAUACGCCGCAAUCUCCAGAAUUCGAAGGAAACGAGUUACAUACACGAAAAACGUUGAUGAUGAGGAGAGCCUUAACGACGGCUUGAUGAGUCCGUCUGACAUGACAGGCACCGGAGACACUACAAGCGGCAUAGCGAACAAGAGCCGCGAUUUGGACCCUUUGUAUGAUCCGAAUAAAGAUGACGAGGACCCGGAUGAAGACGAUCAGUCCUCCCUAAAGAUCCCCAAAAAUGAUCGGAGGAAACGAGCUCUCGACCCAACGUAUAUUCCCGGCAAGGAUGACGGUGGUGAAGAUGGCGACGAUGAACAACUUCCAACGCGCUUACAGCGCAAGAAGAGAAGAACUUUGGAUUCUGCCUUCGUUCCUGACAAAGACGACGAAGACCAGGACAUAUUUCUGGAUUCGUCAAAGAGGGGCAAGGGCAGGGCUAUAAACAAACGAACCUCGAAAAGGAAAGCGACCUCUGAUAUUGGAGCUGGGAAUCUACCUACUCCUAGCAAAGACACACCUCGACCCGCGAAAAUGAUGAAGACUGAACCCACACCACCUCCAACAGUCCCAGUUUCUCCGGCUCUCACGGAUCCUCAGUCUGAUAACUCUGACGGAGAUGUGGUCGUAAAAAAUCCGUGGGAGCUUGUAAACGCCAGAACACAGCCAAACCACCCCUUAGUGUUGAAAGCGAUGAAGGUACUCAACAAUAUUGCAGAUGAUAGAAACAGAGCAUUCUUCGCGCUCGUCAAAGCUCAUCAACGCUCUCGAAAAAGUUAUGCGGCCAGCUUGGCAGAUUAUACAAAUGACGGGCCUCAUACCCAGGGCAAAUUAGACUCCUCAAGGAAAAGACACAAAACCUCUGACGCCGUUGCCAGACAUUCGGACUCUACCGCGCGAGUAGUCGAUACUCCAACGAUGCAGGAAGAUCAUUCUGUGCCAGAUCUGUCCCUGGAAAGAGCGAAGCGCUGGGCAAAUGCUGUCAAUGUGCCCAAGGAUCUCUGGAGCGAAGUGGAGAAACAGCUUUUCUAUCGAAUCGCCAUGAGAGGUUUCGAACCUUUGGUUCCGAAGCAGUGGCAUUACGACUUCUCCACACUCCCGAAUCCUCUGUUCGCUGUUCCUGGGGAGAAACCGGCGCCGUUGAUCAAUGCAAUCAGAGGCUCGGAAUUCUACGCAAUCAGGUCGCUUUCCGUUUUAUUCUCUCUCGGCGGUCAUGUGAGAGACUGCAAGCUGGUGCAUCGUCGACCUGAGCCCAUCAUAAAACGGGCAAUUAGCAAGUACAUUCGCUGGGCUGUGUACGAUGCAGGUCUACAUAUCAGCUCAGAAGCUAUACCCUUGUAUGCAAUAGGCGCCAGAAAGAGAGGAGAAAGUACCGUCAAGGCUGUGGUGAAAGUGAACCGACGUCUACAAAAGCUGGCGGAUCGGUUUCGAAGGGCCUAUGGCCUUGCAUCCGCUACGAAAGAGCUUGUAGCACCUCUCAAUAUGGCUAAGAAGAAGAGUGCUACUGGCUCAGAAGCAAAAGCACAGAAUAGGCCACCUCUUCUUACAGGCUUUGUUAUCAGCGGUCCAGUGGUCGCAAUCUUAACCCUGAACACCGACCCUUCCGCCGCAAAUGGUCAACGGCGAACUGAAGACAGCCACUUCAUUUGCCAACUCGACUUCAGUGAACAGGGUCAAGACGUCUGGAAUUCGUUUGCAGUAGCAAUAUCUGUCAUGCAUAUCCGCAACACCAUGAUGGAGCUUGCCGAGCAUGAUUUGGCAGGUUUGUUCAGAUUCAAUGCAGAUGCACAUGUGGUAGUGGAUCAAGAUCUAUGA